AUGAGGAAGACAACAGCCAUCGUCAUGGCGAAGUUGUUGGGCAUCGUCACCCUUGUGGCAGUCGCCUCUGCUUAUGCAGCCAAGUCCUUCUUCCCCGACCUGUCGCCCUUCUUCCUCUCCCUUCCUCUUCUCCUCCUCCUCCUGCUGCCGUUCGUGUUGGUCUCUGUGCCCGGCUCUAACACCCCUCCUGGCCCCGUCUCUUUCCCCAUCUUCGGCAACUGGCUCCAGGUCGGCAACGACCUCAACCACCGGAACCUGGUGAACAUGGCCAAGAAGUACGGAAAUGUAUUCCUGCUGCGGCUGGGCGUGCGCAACCUGGUGGUGGUGUCCGACCCGAAGCUAGCCGCCGAGGUGCUCCACACUCAGGGGGUCGAGUUCGGCUCCCGGCCGCGCAACGUGGUGUGGGACAUCUUCACCGACAACGGCAAGGACAUGGUGUUCACGGAGUACGGCGACCACUGGCGCAAGAUGCGUCGGGUCAUGACGCUCCCCUUCUUCACCAACAAGGUGGUGCAGCAGUACCGGGAGAU